AUGGACACCACUAUUUGCAGAACAGUACCUGGCCUAACCAAAGCACAGAUAGAACUUUGUUAUCAACAGCCAGAUGCCACUUUGGUAGCUCUGGAAGGACUGAACCAAGCUGUCAAAGAAUGCCAAUAUCAAUUUCACGGAAACAGAUGGAAUUGUUCUUCUUUGGAAACUAGAGGGCAAAACCCAUACAUUAGUUCAAUAUUAAAGAAAGGUAAGUGA